AAAAGGUUUUGCACUUGGUUGUAGACAAGUUGAAAUGGAAGAACGGGAUCGGUUGAUUCUGGCUCACCGGAGUCCUUACACAGACUCUCACAGAACGUCGGACACGGAGCCAGAAGUUCCACACACAAGUACAGCGUUCUUCAAGUUUCGGGAACGUCGUCGAUCUACCAUAUUCAAUAAUGACAGCAUUACAUUGACGUGGAGUGAUAUCUCUGUCACAAGACAGGACCCAACAGCGGAACCAUCUCUCUGGCAGCGAAUUAUGAGACAACGAAAUACCGAAUUCUCCGAUAGCCGAGUUAACAUACUACGAGCAGUUAGUGGCUAUGUAAAACCAGGCAUGAUGCUAACCAUACUUGGACCGAGUGGAAGUGGCAAGUCUACAUUACUGGAUACGCUGACAUUUCGUAGUGAUGGUAACCUAAGUGUACAGGGUAAUAUAAUGGCUAAUGGUGAACUUGUAGACAGCUCUAUAACUAGUGUAAUGGCUUAUGUACAACAAGAUGAAUUCUUUAUCACCACACUCACUGUCAGAGAACAUUUACAAUUCCAGGCGUUGCUCAGAAUGGAAAGGGACAUUCCGAACAAUCAACGCAUGACUCGUGUGGAAGAAGUCAUAGUUGAGCUUGGCCUGAAAGAGUGUGCCAAUGUGCGUAUUGGAGGUGUCACUGAAACCUGCGGCAUAUCAGGAGGAGAAAGAAAAAGACUCGCGGUGGCGUCCGAGAUAAUAACCAACCCACCUCUACUGAUUUGUGAUGAACCAACGACAGGACUUGACUCGUUUAUGGCUAGGACUGUGGUCAGCAAGUUAAGUGACUUAGCCAGUGCCGGACAUGCUGUCAUAUGUACUAUGCAUCAGCCAGCAUCGGAGGUCUUUUGUGAUUUGGAUCACAUAAUGUUUCUAACAGAAGGAAGGUGUGCUUACAUGGGACCCGCUACUGAGGCUGUCGACUACUUCGCUAAAUAUGGAUACAAGUGUCCAGAUAUGUACAACCCGUCUGAUUAUUUUAUUGAGACAUUGUCGAUUACCAAGGAUAUAGAUGACGCAGACCGCCAGCAGGUUGAGCCUCUCUGUGACUGCUACGAUGUUUCACAAUAUAAAUCAAAAGUCCAUGAAGUAAUACACGAUCAAAUGUUACGUGGAAGAAUACGAAGAAAGUCAAUCAUGAACAGAUUACAUCCCACGUCAAGUUCACCAUAUAAAAACGGCUGGCUUCAGCAGUUUAUGGCAUUGAUGUGGAGAGGUAGCCUUCAAGUAUUACGCGAUCCAGGACGAAUGAAACUGAGGAUCAUCAAUAGUGUCAUUACAGCUAUAUUCGUUGGCAUAGUGUCCUUUCAGAUUCCUUACACUGUGUCCGGGGCACAGGGAAUCCAAGGAUUGCUGUAUGUCAUGCUAUAUCUAAUAGGCGUGGAUUCCUACUAUCUCACAAUUAGGACUAUACAGCCUGAAUCUAUAAUGUUUUUUCGUGAGCAUUUCAAUGGAAUGUAUCGUACAGAUACAUAUUACAUAUCGAAAACGCUAGCAGAGAUCCCGACUGCUUUUUUUGUGGCUCUCCUUGCUGGGACGGCAGCUUAUUGGAUGAUAGGAUUGAACCCUGCAAUUGAACGGUAUCUUUUACAUAUAUUACUUUUGUUUCUGGUAGGAAUUGCCGCAGCCUCUCUAGGAAUAGCAGUAUCUGCUGCAUGUACCAAUGACGGCGUUGCGUUGACAGUGGCAGCCAUGAUUAUUCUGCCUAUUGAAGUAUUUUCUGGGUUUUACAUCAACGUCGAGUCGAUUCCCGUAUAUCUGCGAUGGCUUGAAUACUUAUCCUAUACCAGGUAUGGUUAUGAAUGUCUUUCAAUUACGCAAUGGUAUGGUUAUGAAAACACAGAAUGUAAUCGUAAUUCAACAAAGUGCCUUCACAGUGGUGCCAUUAUUCUUGAUAAAUAUAACUUUUACUUGGAAAACUUUCCAAGGAAUAUUGCAAUGCUAUUUGUAGUCACGAUUGUCUUUCGAAUCUUAGCGUUUUUAUUUCUACUUGGUCGGACAUACUUAAGAAUUGGACACUCAAAGAACCAAUGAAAAGACGGAAUUGAAUCAUCUGAUGUUUUACAAGAUUGCAAUACCAGAGUUCAACUUGCUUUAGGAUUGUGUUAACAUUUCGACUUGAGUAAAACGUGUAUAGAACUGUAUAGUCAUUUUUUUUAAAAUAUGAAUUUACUCUUAUUUUGUUGGCGUGGCAACCAGAAGCUGUGGUUUGAUGAUAUAAUCUUUGUUACAAUAUAUCCUGACAACAAA